AUGCUCCGAGCGGUAGCGUUCCAAAAUUUUAUAUACUUUCGGGAUCAUCAAUCCCUGGAAUUUGAGGAUGGACCUAAUUUCAUCGUCGGACCGAAUGCAAGCGGGAAGACUGCCAUUUUUGAACUGAUCAGGAGAUGUCUAUCAAAUAAUGCGAACGCUUCAACUUCGAGAGUAGCAGACAUACAUUCUCCUGCUUUUGUGAUAUGCAAGUUUGAAAUUACACACAAGUUAUCAGACAAAGUUUUCGCGGGAUGCCGUGUUUAUUCAUGUCUCUAUAUAAAGCCCGGAGGGGAUAACCCAAAGAAAAUGUACAAACUUGUUUGUAUCACUAACACGGACGAACAACAAGAGAAAUGCUAUCUUGAUUACUACCACAAUGUUAAAGUCUUUGGUCCACUACCAGCACACGAAGCAUUUAUCUUACCCACUGAUGACACCGAACUGUCACAGGAAUUAGACAAGCUUAUAAAGAGUAAACGUGCACUUGAUAAUUUGGAUGGCAUGAUUCAGAAAAUGAUGGAAAGCAAACAACAACCUGAUAUGAAUACAGAGCCUGGGGUCAGUGGAUGUGAAAAUAUUCUCCAGGCUAUACGCGUUGCUGUUGUCGUUACCUUUCCCAUACGUUCUCCGGGGCCCAUACAAUGGAGCCAUAGUGGAAACAUUGGUAAAGGAAAUGAGCAUUACGAUGCAGCCUCAACCAAGGCGGAGAUACUUCAAGAGCUGCUGCAAUCACCUGAUGUCGAUAAGGUAGAAUCAAACCAAAUAUUCGAGACGAUUAUCCAUCCGUUAAAAUACCACUUCAAAAAGAAUCCAGACUCAACCAUUACAGUCAAUGAUGGUGCACAAGAUAUACGAUUUCUGAAAGUACCGGAAGGAAUCAUUGAAGCAAAGCAGUUUUCCUUGAUGUUUGCACACAGAAAAUACCAAACAUUAAUGUUAGAGGAACCGGACCUAGGCAUGCAUCCUCCCAUGAUACAGAGGUUACGGGAUCUAGUAUUACGAAGGCACAAUCAGGACCGGAAGAUGGUGCUUGUGUUUACCUCACAUCAACCAGCGAUGAUCAACCGAUGGGCAAUGGACCGAAUGUACGUGUGCAGGAGAAAGAGGACGAACGACGGGAAGAUGAAACACUUCGUUUUCAGAUUGAAAAGGACAAUCGAAAACAUCUUUCAAGAACAGGACAAAUUGAAGCAAAUGCUGUACUCUUCAAGUGUACUUUUUGUUGAAGGUAUCACAGACAAAACAGUAGUGGAAUUAAUAUUCGAUCGGGUGUUGGAGGCUGAGCAUAUUGAUGAAGAAAUGCUGGAUUUGCAAAAGGUAGUUUCAGGGAUUCAAGUCAUUUCUAUCGACGGAUCAACACCAUACAAUGUCCUGAAAACGAUGGGAGAAAAACUCGAAUUACCAUGCGCGUUCCUCUUUGACAGUGACAGCGUAUUUGAAUGUCUGGCGAAAGUUCAGCCGAAAACUGGUGGAAAAAAAUGGAAAAAUUCAACUUUAUUUUGCGUUAGAAUUCUCCUCAAAAGAAUGAAGGAAAAACAUCACGGAGAUAGCGUGGAAAAAUCAAAGGAGAAAACGAAAGACGGAACAUUUAAACAAGUUAUGAAAACGCCUACAGCUAAAGAUCAGAAAAUACAGAAUGAACUGGGCUUAGAGGAGAGCGAUUUAUCCGAUGUCAAAUGGACCACGGUUGAAUCGUUUUUAAGAUCUGUUGUACUGCCUGCAACGUUCUCGUUAAACUCAAAAGUAGUGGGACCUUAUGCCUUACCAGAAAACAUCAAAUAUAGCAAGGACGAGCAAUUAAUCAGAAACCACAUGAAAGAAAAGAAAAGGGUUUUCCUUUGGGAUUCUGGAAAUCUCGAGGAUAUGAUUUGUAGAAGCAUUUUGGAUUCUGGAGAUCAGGCAGAUGAUCUCCUGCGAAAAGUUUUUCUAUGUGAAAAAUAUGACGAGGGAGCAAGUAACCCCAAAGAUCCGGUGAAGCAGACCCUCAAGCAGAUGGAUAUCACAACAGCAGAAAAACUUUCUAAAUGUCUGCUUUACUGUCCUGAAAUAAAGGCAUUUUUCAAAUUUCUGAAGCAAAUCGAGAAAAAAAGACCACAGCUUUGAUACAAAAAAUAGGGAAAAGGCAACGGAUUUCUCCAUUACCUGUUACUCUAGGACUGAAUGAAGACAAAAGGAACAAUCCUAUAUAUGACAGACACAAUGACAAAGAGAUCCUUCUGGUGGAAGGAUACAGGACGAUAUGAAGAUGAUAGAAACGAAUUUUAAGCCCAACAGGAAUUGGCCAGUAUCAUCUUUCCAGGAAACGAACUUAUCAAAACAUUGAAAUGGUCAAGUCAAAGAAACUUGACAGACAAUUAAUUGAUUUCAUAUGACAGCCUUAGUGUUAAUUGUUUCUCAUUUCGUAAUAAACAUGCUGAUGUUUAUUGGCAUCAGUACGGUCGACACUGUGAACAACGAAUAUGCGAACCUACGGUCAAAAUUGAAGUGUUUGUGGUGUCCGACGUUCUCUACGAAAACGGUUUCCUGAGCAGAGCGCUUAAGUAAAUACACGUAAGUGUUGAAUACUAAAAGCUCAUAUCCAUCCUGGGGAUAAUCGAUAACAUAAGUUUAAAAAACUUAACGAGUCAUUACAAUUCUAGAGAUUAGAGAUUUUGACAACAACAAAACCCCAGAAAUUAAGGAUUUGAUUAUAGCAAACAUUAAGUUAGUCCUGCUUUCAACAACUGAUCAGAUAUCGCUGUAGCUGGAAGGUAAGUGUGUUCACAGACGUAUACAUAGUAUCAACAGGACCCUGGUAUUACAUCGCUGUAGAAGAUAGGGUUAGUGUGUACACAGGCGUAUAUUACACCGACCAUAUAACACCGUAGUAGGCAGGUUAGUAUGUCCACAAAUGUUAACGUAGAUGAAAAUAUUAGCAUUAACAAAAUAUGUGCGUCCUUUGAAAGGACGUUAACUUACAAUAUAUUAUUAUUAACCAAGAAUUUUCGUCCUGUAAAUGGACGUUCGUUUGGGAAAACCCCAAAUUAUUGUAAGAGAAAAGUGGUAAAACAUUAAGUCGAUUUGGUAAUUAUUUACGAUAUCCUACCGUCAAAAGGAAAACCCUGUCGUAGUGAUAUUGCGGAAUUAUGUAUUCAAUGUGGUGUGGUAAAUACUGAUAUGGAAUUGCUGUCCGCUAUCUUGAACGUUUUGUAUUAUAUAAACAUUUCUAUGUAACCCAUUGGCUGUUUUCCAUUCGGAAAUAGAAAACUUUAAUAGCCAUUGAUCAACAGACAUAUCCGAUAAUCUUUUGAAACGAUCUCGUCAAUGUCACUGAAUUAACAGAGGGAACACCAUUGUAAAAUGUUGGCAAAAUUGUCUUAGUUAAUCACUAUCAAUGAUCAUGUUGCUGUUAAGUUUUAAACCAGGAAGAAGCUUUGUCUAGCAUAAGAUUCAAGAGAUUCUUUGUAACAAAUUGACAUUUAGUCAUUAAUCAUUUUCAAACCAUUAAUAAUAUUUUAAGAAUUAUGUUAUAUAAAUAAUAUUUUGCAGAACCAAAAUGCGAACAGUUACCGAUAUUAUGUAGCAUUAAGGCGACUAUAAAUGAAAAAUACGUGUAUGUAUGUCUUAAUAUUUUUUACCGUUUUAAUUCUGCUUUCUUUCAUCGAAUGUAUCAGAUUGCUCGAGUAUAUUGAGCGUAAAGAUAUAUUUCACGUGACGUUAGCAUUAACAUGGAGUGUGAGAUUGCUUAUAUUAGUUACAUACUAUUGUUAUUUAAAUGCGUUUUAUAUUUUCGGAAAACCAUUGUUCAUCAUAACUCCGUAGUAAUGUUUCAUUUGGUUCUCGGAAACCUGAACCGAAUAGCGAUGGUGACGAAACGACGUAGAAGUCGGAUUAAUUGUAUGUUACCAUAGCAAAAAGACGGCAACGUUUUUUGGAAACCAUUUGUGUUUCCAUUCAUCAAUUUGAUUAAUGGGUAAUAGCCCAUGGGUUCCUAUUAAAAACGAGUUCUGGCUAAUAAGGUUAUACAAGUACAUUUGUACUUUGUACUAUCACAGUGUGAAAUACAAAACAUUGUGUCUGAAAAAUAUAUAUCGUUCACACUUUCAUUGGUAGAAUAGUGUAUAUUAUUGGACGAUAGAAUAUUCCGUCUAACUUAUAUUGAAGAUCAAUUGAGGAAGUGUUUGUAAAUUUGUCAAAUGCUGAUUUGAAGUGUUUGCAAGUGAUGCCGAUGGACCGGACGAUUUGAUUGGUUGAUAUAAGCGAUGAUAUCAAGCAAGACGUCAGUGUUUAUCGUCUCUGUAGAGUAUAGUUCAAGGGAGGUAAUGCAUAGUACAUGUCGAAAAGUAGACAUAAAUAAAAACCGUAAGAGCAAUUAAGGAUUCUUAUAUGCAUUUUUAGAAAAGGGAGUAAAUGGCAUAGCAGAAAACGCUAGAAGAAUUAAAUGUCCGUGUGCUUGUUUUUGAGCUAUGAUCCGUCAAAGAUACCAAUUUGACAUUAUAUGUGAAUUCAAGCGAAUUUUGCAAUUUUGGCAAUUUGCAGGAUACAUUUAUACAAUUUCUUUCGGGUGUGUUAU